CAAAUGGCUACUGCGAGCGCUGCGCGCCCUGUUCUUCGCGCGCCGUCCCGACGCUUCGCCCAGCCCCAGGAAGAGGAGGCACCCCAGAUCAGGAGUUGUCAACCGGAGGGGUCCACUGCUGCCACCCACCACCCCGCGCUGCUGCCACUUCACAUCCGGCUGCCAGGGAUACACUUAUUUAAAAAGCUUUAAAUUAUGCCCCAAUCAACUGUCCUCUACACUGGUUGGAAAAAGGGUAUGAAAAGAACAGGGCCUGAUCUUGCCAUUCAUUCAGCUGUGGAAGACCCUGACCAGAUACAAUCAAAAAGGCAAAGAUUAGCACCGCCACCCCUCCUUGGGAAGAGUAUACAAGUCUCAGUAAAUAGAGCAAAUUGGCUUCUAGCAACUCUCUUUAAUUACUUUGUCUGUAAACUGGCACAGACUGUUGAAGGAGUUGCCACUCUGAUCAAACUUCCAUGUCAGCUGACCAGUAGGUAUCGGAAGACUUCAGUCGUUAAUGGAUCUCCCCAUGUGGUGUCUAUCGAUGAGACUUUUUCAGAAACUUCUGAUCCUCCGAAAGAUAGACUGACAAGGUCUACAUCUGGAAUAGAAAUGCUACAACUAGAAAAGAAAAUACCUCACGGAAAAGAGAGAGUAGCUGCUACUUGUCACACUGUGCAUCGUUUGAGAGACAUCUGCAACACAACAAGGAGUAGCGGAUUAGUUAGAAAGGAGCGGCCAAGCCGGGAGCACAGCAUGUUGGAAGCCACCGCUUCAGAAGCGAGCAGGAUGAGACGGCCUUGCUUUGCUGUUGAAGAGGGUGUCCAAAGACAGGAGAAAGAAAAAUACAAGCUCCUGUUGGAAUUUGUGAAGGAAAAAUAUCCUAGAAACAAGUCUACUCCUGUAGCUGCAAAUCACUACAAUACUCAAACCUACUCCAGGGAACCACUAAGGGCUGGUGGCCGUGUGGAAGAACACUAUCGUGGAGUAAGAGCGCCUCCAUUUGUGACACUAAGGACCGGUAGCAGAGAUACUGAAACUUGGAGCCCACUCUGGUCUCGAAGAAAUGAUAUGAUCAGAUAUCGGACCCCCCCCAGAAACCCUCAAGAACCUGGCACAACAAUUGGACAAACAAACAGAGGGAGACGUGCUGACACUGACCUUUCAGAGGAGGUGUCAGUUCGGUUAUGCCUGGGCUCUGCCUCAUCCAGUAGGCCCUCUACACUUGGAGUAAAAGAACAGAAACACCCAAGCUCGGAAAAGAUUGUAGAACGCCUUCCACAGCUCACAGAGGACAUGGAGAGAGAGAUCAUGAAUGCACUUGGCCGUGGCCAGCAGAAUGAGAUCCUGAGCAGUGCUUUUAAAUUAAAGGUCACUCGUGGGGACAUCCAAACUCUAAGAAACCAUCAGUGGCUCAACGACGAGGUGAUCAAUUUCUACAUGAAUCUUCUGGUGGAGAGAAAUAACAAGCAGGGGUUGCCAGUGCUUCAUGCUUUCAGCACUUUUUUCUAUCCCAAAUUAACUUCUGGAGGUUACCAAGCAGUAAGAAGAUGGACGAAAGGUGUGGACAUCUUCAGUAAGGACCUCAUCUUGGUGCCAAUUCACCUCCAGGUGCACUGGGGAUUAGUGGUGAUAGAUGUCAGAAGAAAGAACAUUAAAUAUUUUGACUCAAUGGGUCAAAAUGGCUACAAGAUAUGUGAAACUUUGCGUCAAUAUCUGCUGGAAGAAAGUAAGACCAAAAGGAAUGUAGAUAUUUGUUCUUCGGAGUGGACUCUCUACAGCAUGAAAUCGCAUGAAAUUCCACAGCAGUUGAAUGGCAGCGACUGUGGGAUGUUUACAUGUAAAUAUGCGGACUAUAUCUCCAGGGACAAGCCAAUCACUUUUACACAGCACCAGAUGCCUCACUUCCGCAGACAGAUGGUGUGGGAAAUCCUUCACCAACAGUUGCUGUGAUCCUGGGGCUGAGAUGUACACCUCCCACAGUAACACUGUGAUUGCCUUAUAGUGACCAGCUUCAGGUUCAACUCUGUUUCAGUGGCUUCUUGCAAAGGGCAUUUGGAUGAAUUGCUUCCCCGCUCCAUGGGAUGUGAAUCAGUGGCUUGUUUGUUUUUUCUCUGUCCACUUGGGAGAACAUGCCUGUUUGAACUGCAUGAAUGCACCUAAGGGCAAAGCCAAAAGAUUGCUAGCCGCUGAGCUGUGGCCCUUGCUCAUAGAGCUGAAGAGGCGGCUGAGAGAAGCUGCUGCACAAACUGUUGUCAUCGGUCCAUUUUGAUGAAGACUGGCAACUUGUAGUGUAUUUCUGUAGCAAAACUGGAGCAAGAACUGGCUGGUGCAGGGAUGCCCCUACUAUGGUUUCAGAACUGUCAUAGUUACACAGGUAACUAUUAAGCUCCACGAAAUACCUUCACAUUCUGUGUGAACUCUGUGUUUAGCUGCUCUUUGGAGGAGCAGUUUUCUCUGUUUGGAGUAUAGAAGAUCCACUUGGUUCCUGAAACUGGAUUUGUAAUGGUCCCAGGCAGAAGGCAUUUAAUCUCUUUUGAUUUGUAACAAAUCCAUGAGGAAGCCUGGAUGGCUGGGGUUUAAGAUAUUGUUUCAAGAAUCUGUUGUAUGUGACAUGAUUAUUUAUUUCUUUUCUUUAUUAAAAUAUGUUUAAUUUA